CAUCAUCUUCUACAUCAGUAAAAUCACCCCCUGUUGUCUGUAAGUUUGCUUGUGGCAGUAACUGCUCUGAUGUCAUCCACUGUGUUUGUGUGGAAAUGAUGAAUCAUUAGAAUCGGUUUUUUUCAGUGAUUCUUCACAACAAACAUCUUCCCGUUAAUGAGCUCCUCUGACUUCGACCAAACAUGGGAGUCCUCAGAGAGCUCCGCGGAGGCGCCCCUCGAGCCUUUCUGGCCCUUUAGCCCCUCUAUAAACACGCAGCGCGCGCGCAGCAUCUCUCAAGCAUGAGCGCGGGCCGGGACGCAGGCAACUCAAGCGCGAGCUUCAUUCCGCUUUCGGUGGACUUCUCUCACUCUGAAGAUUACGUCAUCUACGCCUUCCACCUCGCCUUCGCCACGUGCGUGUCCGUUCUCGCCGGCUCUGUGCUCGCGGGCAUCCUGAGAACCAGAGCUCUGCGCGCGCAGAACAGGUUCGUUUUCAUGGUGAACACGAGCAUCAGCGACACUCUGACGGGGGUCUGCGUCUAUUAUCUGGGCCUUUUCGAUGUCCAGGAGGGCUACCCGUCCAGAAACGGGACCUUCCACAUACUGCCCUCGCUGCUGGGGGUGAACAUCCUCACGUUCAUGUUUGCCCAGUUUGACCGUUACUGCGCCGUGUGCCAUCCCUUCUUCUAUGGCCGCUACAUUUCCAGAUCAGUGGUCACUGGGGUGUGCGUCUACUGCUGGUUCCACAUUUACGCGCAGCUGCUCGCGUCCAACGUGGUGCCAGUGGGCAUGGCUGCCAAAAUAUACGCCUUCAGCAUAGCCAGCCUGCAGGCCAUAGUGCUGACCAAAGUGGUCCUGACUGUCAAACUAUACGUGGUCGCUAAUUUCCAGCUGAAGCGCGAGCCGCCAGGGCCCGAUAAAGAGGUAAAGAAGGAGUCGUUGCGCAUCAUCAUCGUGGUGGUCAUCACCUUUCUGAUCCUGUGGUUGCCGUCCUUCGUCAACAUCAUCGUGAAGCAGGUCAGCAGGUACGGUCUGGUGUUCAGGAACGAAGCCACCAACGCCUUCGCCCUCAUGGCGCGUAUGAACGCGCUCAGCACGCCCGCGCUCUACCUGUGGGGCAGCCCGGCGUUACGCGCAGCGGUGUGGCGCGUGGGCUGGGGCAAAGUGCUGCCAGAGUGGACGAGGUAG